ACAGACUAGACGGGCCAGCAGAGGAAAAACCUGCCCCCGAAGUCAAACAGAAAACUAGAAACUGAGACAGCUGCUGCGUUUUGGAGAAAGCGCCACUGACACUCCGACCUGUUGGAAUUUACUGCUGAGAUCCAGUUUUUAUUUUCAUUUGAUCAGAAAAUAAUAAAUGACACCGCGUUUCUUUUUGUGAGACAUUUUUUUAAAUCAUAAGUCAGACUUGCACAUAACUUUGAAUGACUUUUGCACUGGAUUUGAUCCCUAUUUUAGAUUUUUGAGUGUGCGUAAUUUUGGGGACAGUUUUAUGGAAGUGAAGAGACUUGGGGUCGAUAGCUUUUAGAGGAAAACACUUUUAAGGAUUUUACUUGCUUCCUCGCAGACACUUUAUCAAUUUCUUUCCACCUGACGGAUUUGACAGCGAUAUGAUGUGGUUUUUACGCGUUUUGUUUGGUUUGAUGGUCGCUCUUUGCGUCAGCGCGUUGCCCAGCGCCUGGGAGGAGAGCACCGUGGUGCCGGUCAGGCUCGACCCGACGGCCCGGUCGGAAAGCGAAACCGAACCGUGGCGGACUUUCUCCGCAGAGGAGAGGGAGAAGGAGGCGGAGAUGAGGGUUUACCGGUUGGACGUAUUUGGCAAAGAGCUGCUCUUGCAGCUAGAGCCUGACCAAACCUUCCUGGCACCGGGUUUUGUGUUCCACAUCGUGGGGAGUCCUGAGUCCGUACCGACGCAUGAACCCGAGACAGGAGCAGCCGAUGCGGGUUGCUUCUUCUCGGGCACGGUGAACGGCGAGGAGCGCUCUGCCGCUGCGCUCAACCUGUGCCACGGACUCAGGGGCGGAUUCUACCUUCAGGGUGAAGAGUACUUCAUCCAGCCCCUCAACUCGAGUGACGCGCUCGUCACGGAGGAGGAUGUCCACAUGAUCCGCCGGAGAGGUCGGGCAUCUGUGGCUGAGGAGGCGAGCUCCAAGUGCGGGGUCAACGAGGACGAGGAGAGGGUGCCAGAGAAUCUGGAGAAAAAAGCCAAGCACGAAGCUUCCAACCCAGAGCAGCAAGCCCACCACAGGAGCAGGCGUUUUGUCUCCACUCCUCGCUAUCUGGAGAUCAUGCUGGUGGCUGACCAGUCCAUGGCUGAGUUCCACGGUGCUGGGCUUAAACCUUACCUUCUGACCAUCAUGGCUGUGGCCUCUCGCCUUUACCGCCACCCCACCAUCCACAACUCCAUCAGCCUGGCUGUGGUGAAGCUGCUGGUAGUGUACGAGGAGGAGCGAGGCCCCCAGGUCUCAUCCAACGCUGCCUUAACUCUCCGCAACUUCUGCCAGUGGCAACGGCAACACAACCCAGCCAGUGACCGCCACCCUGAGCACUAUGACACCGCUGUGCUUUUCACCAGGACGGACCUAUGUGGUGCCCACUCUUGUGAUACUCUGGGCAUGGCAGAUGUCGGCACAGUGUGCGAUCCAGACAGAAGCUGCUCAAUCAUCGAAGAUGAUGGGCUGCAGUCGGCAUUCACUGUGGCACAUGAACUGGGCCAUGUCUUCAACAUGCCCCACGAUGAUGCCCAGCUGUGCUCUGGGGUCAACGGUGACCACUGGGGCUCCCACAUGAUGGCCUCCACCCUGUCCAAUCUGGACCAGCAGCAGCCAUGGUCCCCUUGCUCAGCCCUCAUGGUCACCACCUUCCUGGAUAAUGGCCAUGGUCAGUGCCUCCUGGACAAACCAGUCAAGCCCCAGACACUCCCCCAGGCCCUGCCUGGGUCAGUCUACGAUGCUGACCGCCAGUGCCAGCUGACCUUCGGUGAGGACUCCCAGCACUGUCCAGAUCUGAGCACCACAUGUGCAGCUCUGUGGUGCACGGUGACCACGUCCAAUGGUUUGCUGGUGUGUCAGACCAAGAACUUUCCCUGGGCGGAUGGAACACCAUGUGGGCAUGACAGCUACUGCCUAGCCGGACACUGUCUUACCAAGACCCAGGCAGCCAAACACCAGACUCCUGUGAAUGGUGGCUGGGGAGUAUGGGGCCCUUGGGGUGACUGCUCUCGGACCUGCGGUGGAGGGGUGCAGUACUCCUUCCGAGACUGCGACAGCCCCCUGCCUAAGAACGGGGGCAAGUAUUGCGAGGGCAAGAGGAUCCAAUACCGCUCCUGUAACACAGAGGCCUGCCCUGAUAACAACGGUCUGUCAUUUCGUGAGGAGCAGUGUUUGGCUCACAACGACAUGUCAGCCCAAGUGUCCUUCGGUUCAGGAGAGGGAGUCGAGUGGGUACCAAAGUAUGCUGGAGUGUCACCCAAAGAUCGAUGCAAACUGGUGUGCCGGGCCAAGGGCACUGGAUACUUCUUUGUCCUCAAGUCUAAGGUGGCCGAUGGAACACCCUGCAGCCCAGAUUCCACUUCUGUUUGUGUCCAAGGCCAGUGUGUCAAGGCUGGAUGUGAUCGUGUGAUCGGCUCCACCCGCCGUUUUGAUAAGUGUGGUGUGUGUGGUGGAGAUGGUUCCACCUGCAAGAAAGUAUCAGGAUCUCUGGAACGUGCCAGACCUGGUUAUCAGGAUGUUGUGACUAUCCCUGCUGGUGCCACCCACCUCGAUGUCAAGCAGCGUGCCCCCGGCAACGGUCGUCAUGAUAACAGCUACCUGGCAGUGCGUCGGCAAGAUGGCACCUACCUUCUAAAUGGUGAUUAUAAGCUGAUGACCAUGGAGACUGACAUCCCCUUGCGAGGGGCCUUGCUGCGCUACAGCGGCUCCUCUGCCUCCCUGGAGCGUCUCCGGAGCUUCUCCCCACUCCCGGAGCCCCUCACCAUCCAGGUGCUGUCAGUGGGCGAGGCCCCAAGACCCCGGGUUAAGUACAGUUACUUUGCCCCCAGACCGACCAACACUGCUUCCAGCCCCAAUAACAACGGAGGCCGCCGGCCAUCCAUCAAUGCCAUCCGUGAGGUUGGAGGAGCUGAGUGGACCCUGAGAGAGUGGGGUCCAUGUUCCAAGAGCUGUGAUGGAGGUACGCAGCAGAGGGAAGUGGUGUGUCUGGACCCCCAUGGUCGUCCAUCCAGGGACUGCCCUGAGGAGCUCCGCCCCUUGGCCUCUCGGUCCUGCGCCCCCCAGCCCUGCUCCUCCUGGCUUCUCGGAGAGUGGUCGGCCUGCUCCAAGACCUGCGGCCAAGGCUUCCGCAAACGCCCACUGCGCUGCAUCAGCCGCGAUGGACGCACACUAUCCCAUGAGAGUUGUGACCCCAAAAACCGGCCACGACCCCUGCUCGAAUUGUGCAAUCAGGGUCCUUGCUAAGGACUGCUUUCACACUCUCUUCCUUUCCUCAACCCUGAAGAUCAGCCUUUAGAAAGACUCUAAAUAAAAUCUCUGAUCUUCGCUGCCUCCGUUUUUCCAGCCGACAAUCCAAGAGGCCUAUGAAUGUUUACAUCCAGAGUGCUGCAGGUUUCAGUGGGUCUCAGCUGGUCUAACAGUUGCCCACAUGAAAAUGGGUCCAAAUGACUGAGACUGUAACUGCCAAUCUUCACCCCUCGCCCUCCAGCCAUUGUGGGGGCAGAUGCUGGUCCAUUGUGACACCGCCACCUCAUUGCAUCAACAAAGACUGCAUGCAGCUCACUGCCUGUCUAGCUUUGUAGCACCUCGGCGGGUCACUGUGCCCCCCAUCAAGGGGAAGAGUACAUGGACAUUCCUUUUUUCCUUUAAAAAAAAAGCAUGCUGCUUACCGUGCCAAUGUCAUGCUUGUGUGUGAGAGUGACUGAAUGAGCGUGUGUGUUGAAUCUAUAUUGUGUGUGUUGUUUGUCCAAGCUGGGCUGGAUAGACACAUAAGGGGUGGGGUGGGGGAGGUUAUUGCAGAGUAUAUUAAGAAACAAAUGAAAGAGAAUAACACAUAUUCUACUUAUUCACCCCAUCAGGUAUGGAAAAAAGAUAGCUUGUAGUCAGUGUUUAUGCUAAUCCAUUUUUAUUUAUCACAAGCCUGCAACAUUUCAUUCAUCUUUGUUAUUGUCAAUGGCACAUUCUAACAUCUAAUUGUCUCUAUAUGUCUCAGUACACCAGACUUUGCCCUUCAGCCAUAUCUUUCCCUCAUCUCCUCAGCCCCCGAUGAGGGAACUAUCACAAGACCAAAGAGGAGUGUGUGAGUUUGUGUACGUGUGUGUAUGUGUGUAUGUGUGUGUGAAUGUGGAGAUCUAGUGAGGGACUUGUCUCCUGCUACUACUUCAUAAGUAAGUCUCUCCUGCCUUCUGCGAAGGCAAAUGUUUUCUUUUUUUUUUUUCUAUUGAGUUUUUUUUUUUUUUCCUUUUUGUACAGAAUAUCCAAACAUUAUUUAUUUUUGUACAGCCUGUUAAAUAUAAUCAUGUGGCUUUUUUAAUAUUAUUUUUUAUUUGUUAUUUGUCAUUGAGACCACAGAAGGAAGUAGAGUAUAUAGAGUAUUUAUACAGUGUUAUAUAUAUAUGGUCCUAGGUUCAUGAAUAAAGUAUCACAUUGACCUGUG